AGGGGCUGGGAAAGAUAUUUUCAUUCGGUUUUUCACUUUAUCUUUAUUAAGUCUGUUUUUCUGGCCCCAGUAAUAAUAAAAUGUAUGGAAAAGAACCUCGAUACAACGAAAUCUCGCUAUAGCGAACAUAUUUUUCCAGUCCCUUAGCGCUUCGUUAUAUCGAGGUUCCGCUGUAUAUCCCAAAAGAAACGUAGAACCUUUUUUUCGCCCGGGAAAAAGUCAGACGGAGGGAAACUGAACCGAGCUAUACCAGAACUCCGUUCGGUCCUAUAUUUCCAAGUGGCGGGAAAGUUGUGCGAAUGAGCGCGGUAAGAGAACUUCGAAAUUCAAGGAAAACAUUGCUCAAUUUCACCCGUUAGGACCUUUAAAGAGCCAAAAUGUCGACCGAUCGAAAACCUAUGCGAUUUGCUCACAGUGAGGGACAUACAGAUGUCUGUUACGACGAAAAGGGCGACUAUCUCUUGACUUGUGGAUCAGAUGGAGAUGUGCGUAUUUAUAAAGAUUUUGACGACAGUGAUCCAGAAUCUGUUAGAGUUGGGGAUAAUGUCACAGUUCUAGCAGUUAAGAAUAAGAAAAUAGUGACGGCAUGUGACAAUUCUGUCCAGGCAUUUACCUUCCCAGAGGGAUCUCCUGAUGGAAUUCUUACCAGAUUUACUGCACCUGUCAAUCACAUCUACUUUAACCAAUCAGGAACAGUUAUGGUAGCAGGAGCGAGUGAUUUCAACAUCAAAGUGGUAACUGUGGCAGAUGGAAGCCAGAGAAUACUCAAAGGUCAUGAAGCUCCAGUGUUAAGCACAGCAAUUGAUCCUAAAGAUCAAUACAUUGCUUCAUCAAGUUGUGAUGGUACAGUAAAAAUAUGGAAGCUGGAGGAUCAGACUUGCUUGACAACAUUUUCUAUUCUUCCUAAAGUGAAUGAUGCAAGGAUCUCAAAGACUCUGUGUCGUCUUGCCUGGCAGCCAGGCAAUGGCAAAUAUUUAGCUGUUCCUGUGGAGAAAACUAUCAAGGUCUAUGAACAGGAAACUUGGAGGAAUGUUUUUAACAUGGAAAAAGAUGGUCACAGCGAGUUAGUAUCCUUAGUAGCAUGGUCACCCUGUGGUAAUUACCUCGCAUCUGCCAGUAUCAAUGGGGAAAUGUUUAUUUGGAAGGUGUCUUCGCAAAUGGUGAUUGAAAGGAUCUCAAAGACUCUGUGUCGUCUUGCCUGGCAGCCAGGCAAUGGCAAAUAUUUAGCUGUUCCUGUGGAGAAAAGUAUCAAGGUCUAUGAACAGGAAACUUGGAGGAAUGUUUUUAACAUGGAAAAAGAUGGUCACAGCGAGUUAGUAUCCUUAGUAGCAUGGUCACCCUGUGGUAAUUACCUCGCAUCUGCCAGUAUCAAUGGGGAAAUGUUUAUUUGGAAGGUGUCUUCGCAAAUGGUGAUUGAAAGGAUAAACCAUGAGAGUGGGCUGACAAUCUGUGGUUUGGUGUGGAAUCCAAAGGGGAACAAUGAAAUUGCCUACACUGAUAAUCAGGGUCAAUUUGGUGUUUGUGAAAAUGUCAUACCAAAAGAUGAAGCCAAAAGCUCUAAUCGCACUGUUACUGGCAAUAAUUCAAUGGAUGACAGCCUUAUGAUGGCUGCCAUGGAUGCCGACAGUGAUGAUGAACAGCUUAUUGUUGGAAAGAAAAAAACAAGAAACAAGUCCAAUGCUUGGAUUGACGAGGAGGCUGAGGAUGAUGAAGAUGACGAGUUCAAAGAUAUCCGAAAACUCAAGGCAGCCUUAGCAGCUCCGUUAGACUUUGGUGAUGUAGACAAUGAUGGUGAUAAUGCUAGUGAAGUGUCUGCCGCAAAAGCUCCCACAAAGGAAGUGAUCCACACUCCCUUUGUACCAGUCCUCCAGAGUGCAUUCCAGCCAAGCUCAACCCCAGUCCAUCUUAUGCACAGGUUCAUGGAAGUGAUCCACACUCCCUUUGUACCAGUCCUCCAGAGUGCAUUCCAACCGAGCUCAACCCCAGUCCAUCUUAUGCACAGGUUCAUGGUUUGGAAUUCAGUUGGCAUAGUGCGAUGUCAUACAGAAGAUGAGAUAUCAUCAAUAGAAGUUGAAUUCCACAACACAAGCACACACCAUCCUCUCCACUUAACCAAUCAUAUGAAUCACACGAUGGCAGCAUUGUCAUCUACAGCACUGUUGUUAGCUGGGGAAGCUCAGGACGAUUCACCUAGUAAGCUAGUUUGUGUCCAUUUUGGAAGCUGGGACAACUCUAAAGAAUGGACGAUCACCAUGCCAGAAGGAGAAUCAAUCCAAGCGGUGGCAACUGGCAGUUCAUUUGUUGCUGUAGCAACUAACAAGCGGUUCCUGCGAGUGUUUACCAUUGGUGGAGUUCAGCGUGACAUUCUUAGUCUUCCUGGUCCUGUUGUAUGCAUGUCCGGACACAAGGACCAGCUGAUGGUGGCAUUUCACAUUAACAACCCUCUUCCUGGCGAACAAGCUCUAGCUCUUAAAUUACUCGACUUAAAUUGCAACAAGGAACUUAUUGCAGAAGAAAGGGUCUUAUUAAGUGAGAAGACCACACUGUCAUGGUUGGGGUUUUCUGAAGAAGGCACACCUGUCAGUGUUGAUUCAGCUGGAGUUGUGAGGUUACUGUCACGUUCCUUGGGUACUGCAUGGUCCCCUGUUUGUAUCACCAAGAGCAAUAUGAAAAAUAAAUCAGACAAUUAUUGGAUUGUUGGCUUAGAUGAGACAAGCCAACAAAUCAGGUGCAUCUACUGCAAGGGUUCAACCUACCCACCCACCUUACCGCGCCCUGUUCUUGUUCUCCUUCCAUUACAACUUCCAUUCUGUGAAAUGACCACAGAAAAAGGGCAACUAGAGGAAGCAUAUGUUCGAUCAAAGCUUAUGCUUGGUGGAGCAAGUGAAGAUCAGCAAGAGGCUUUGAGUCAGGCCAAGACAGCACAGAUACAAGGCGUCAUGAAAUUAUUUGCACUGGCAUGCAAGAGUGAUAGAGAGUUCCGUGCAGUUGAAUUGUGUGAAUUACUACCAGAUGCCCAUUCUGUAAGCUUGGCGAUAAAAUAUGCUGCACGCAGUCGACGAAUGAACUUGGCCAAUCGACUUGAUGACCUGGCUCGUAAGAAGGCAGAACUUGAGGCUGAGGAGGAGCAGGAAGAUGAUUUCCAGCAAGACAGCUGGCCCGUUAGGGGGAGUGAGGUAUUCACAUCAAGGGGGCGUGUUCGCCAUCCUCAGACUGUGUCGAGACAAGUGGAACAGGCAGAUGAGGAAGAGGAAGAGGAAGAAAUAGAGGAGAAUGGAGUAGAUGAUGAAAUGGAAGACUGUGAAGAUGAUCAACAGAUUUUGAGAAAGCAAGAAAGGAAGGGCCUAGCAAGACUAGACAGUCGGGAUUUUGGAUCUUUCCACUCAAAAUCAAGUUCAGCUGUAAAACUCAAACCACCACCCAGUUCUCCUUCUCCAAGUCUAAGUUCAAGCCAGGGUCGUUCCAAUCCAUUCAGAGUGGGUAGUCCUGGAAAGAAGGCCUCUGGAGUGCACGGAAAGAGUUUCUUUGACAGCGUAGAAGAGGAAAAGAAAGCUCUUCUGCUCAGAAAAAGCAAGAUAUCUCCAGAGUCCAAGCCAGCCCAGAAAAAGAAAAAGGGGAAACAAACCACUCUGUUGCAGUCACCCCCAGAGAAGGAAAAAACAAAUGAAAAGACAGCACCCUCAGAGAAGAAUGCUGCAGCUGUUAAGAAAGUCAAUGGUUUCAACCUGUGGUUUGAAAAGAGUAAAGAAGCUCUGUCAGAAGAGAAUCCAGAACUGUCUGAUACUGACCUGGUAAAGUUUGCCAUGCGACAGUGGAAGGCCCUGGAGGAAGAAGAAAAGAUGGACUGGAAUAGGAAAGCAAAAGAAGCUACUAGUGGAAUUACAGAACAAGGAGACAAGAAGAGAAAACGAGAAAAGUGCGACGAUGAAAACGAAGACACAACAAAUACACUCAAACUAGCCAAGAAGACAAGAGAAGUAGUUGCAAACGGUGCAACAUCUAAGCUGGCUGGAUUUGCUUACAAAAAAGAUGUAAGCUUGGCGAUAAAAUAUGCUGCACGCAGUCGACGAAUGAACUUGGCCAAUCGACUUGAUGACCUGGCUCGUAAGAAGGCAGAACUUGAGGCUGAGGAGGAGCAGGAAGAUGAUUUCCAGCAAGACAACUGGCCCAUUAGAGGGAGUGAGGUAUUCACAUCAAGGGGGCGUGUUCGCCAUCCUCAGACUGUGUCGAGACAAGUGGAGCAGGCAGAUGAGGAAGAGGAAGAGGAAAAAAUGGAGGAGAAUGGAGUAGAUGAUGAAAUGGAAGACUGUGAAGAUGAUCAACAGAUUUCAAGAAAGCAAGAAAGGAAGGGCCUAGCAAGACUAGACAGUCAGGAUUUUGGAUCUUUCCACUCAAAGUCAAGUUCAGCUGUAAAACUCAAACCACCACCCAGUUCUCCUUCUCCAAGUCUAAGUUCAAGCCAGGGUCGUUCCAAUCCAUUCAGAGUGGGUAGUCCUGGAAAGAAGGCCUCUGGAGUGCACGGAAAGAGUUUCUUUGACAGCGUAGAAGAGGAAAAGAAAGCUCUUCUGCUCAGAAAAAGCAAGAUAUCUCCAGAGUCCAAGCCAGCCCAGAAAAAGAAAAAGGGGAAACAAACCACUCUAUUGCAAUCACCCCCAGAGAAGGAAAAAACAAAUGAAAAGACAGCACCUUCAGAGAAGAAUGCAGCGGCUGUUGAGAAAGUCAAUGGUUUCAACCUGUGGUUUGAAAAGAGUAAAGAAGCUCUGUCAGAAGAGAAUCCAGAACUGUCUGAUACUGACCUGGUAAAGUUUGCCAUGCGACAGUGGAAGGCCCUGGAGGAAGAAGAAAAGAUGGACUGGAAUAGGAAAGCAAAAGAAGCUACUAGUGGAAUUACAGAACAAGGAGACAAGAAGAGAAAACGAGAAAAGUGCGACGAUGAAAACGAAGACACAACAAAUACACUCAAACUAGCCAAGAAGACAAGAGAAGUAGUUGCAAACGGUGCAACAUCUAAGCUGGCUGGAUUUGCUUACAAAAAAGAUUAACUGAAUUUGUAAAUAUAAAUUGUCCAGUAAUAUCUUAUUGCAAUCAUGAGCUGCUGUAAAAAUUGACUCCAAGAAUCUGAGAUUUUAAGCACUAAGAGUUAUGAGGGCGUCACGGUAUUUUGAGUUAUUUUGGCCCCGUACAGAAUUACCUUUAAAUUAAAGGAAACCUGAAAAUAG